AUGACUGAAACCCCCGACAAGUGGAAUGAUGAGACAGAGAACAGAAUCAAAACAGCGAGCGAAAUAGAUUACUUCGUCAAAAGACUGACGCCUGAGCCUUGUGAUGGGCUGUUUCUAAGCGAUGGUAGCCCAUGGGACCAGUAUAUACAGCUGUUUAUAAUGAAGACCCGAGUGCCCGACCUUCCUCUUCCUGACCUGCUCCUACUCCGGACACACUACCGUAUUGCACCUUCGUUGCAUCUCUUCUAUGUGGAGGAACGGAUUGCGGAAGGAUGGCCUUCGCCUAUAUUGUGCUGCCGGCUUUAUCCGCGGUCUUUCACUGGUCUCGUACACCAGCUUCUGCUUGGUAUGUAUGCGAAAGAGUGCCGUGAUUCUCGCAAUGAGGCCGAAGCAUUGCAACUGGUAGAACGACACACUUCCAUUCCAGCCCCCCUUUGGGUGGAUGAUUACCAAGACAAGAAUCGCGUUCUCAUCAUGACGGCAAUGCCCGGGGAUCCACUGGAUUUGGUCUUCCACCGACUCUCAUACGCUGAGCGCGAACAGCUGUCAAGAGAUCUGAGAAAUGUGGUAUCACAGAUACGAUGCCUAUCAAACCGAACCUCGUUUCCUUUUGGCAACAGUCAUGGUGGUCCACUGAUCGAUCAUCGUUUUCCGUCCGGGAUGAGUGGCCCGUUCCACCGGAUUUCCGAUUUCAACUCUUUCCUUGUCCACUGUGCCGUGCAAAGGGAGACAAAGGCUAAAAUUGCGGCCGUACACUCCCGUUCCUAUCGGUCCGUGUUCGCCCAUGCUGAUCUACACCCGAGCAAUAUUCUCAUUGAACGCGGUCGCCUCUCUGCUAUUGUCGAUUGGGAAUGUGCCGGGUUCUAUCUAGAGUACUGGGAAUUCACCAAGAUGAUGUAUGGAACACAGCAUUUUAGGCCAAUGGAAAGCAUCACACGUGAUGUAUUCCACAAUGUUAGCUAUGAGGAGGAGUUGGAGGCUGAGAAGUUACUAUGGUAUGACACGCCGUUUGGUAUAUAA